AUGACAGAGUCUGCCCUUCUCCCUGCUGCCCGGAUGGAGGGGCUGGCCCUGUCACCCUUGGCCUCGCCCUGUCCUCGGAUCCCACGAGCCCGUAUCGCCAGGCAGCCGGGGCGCUGGGCCCACCUGGGCUGCAGCCCCGGGCCCUCCUCAGGCCCCACAGCUCCUCACCAGCGGCCCCUGCGACCUCGCCUGGCAGACUGCUCCCACGCGCGGCUGUCCUGGGCUGACAGCGUGUCCCUGGACGGUUUCUGGAUGGAGGUGGAGAGGAUCCAGCGGAGGGAUGAACUGAAAGAGGGGGACGGUGGUGGAGGUGGAGGCGAAGGCCAGCUCCCAGAAGGGGCUGCCAACUCCCAGUGGCUGCAGGACACGGGUCUGUCCGGCCUCCUCGGUGGUCAGGGCUUGGAUGGCGAUCAGCAGGGACUCCUGUCUACCCUGACACAGACCCAGGUAGCUGCUGUGUGUCGGCGGUUAGACAUCUAUGCCCGUUCAGCCCGAAGACGGCACAAGGCACCUAUCAGAGAUGUCAGGGACAUCUUUGGGGUCUUCACUUCUGAGGAGGUAUCUUCAGAGAAUGGAGACUCAGGAAUGAAAUGGACUCAGAUCAGUUCUGGGGCUUCAAGGACUCCUUCAGGAGCGGCUGAGCCUCAGGAAUCAGAGGAGCCAGCAGGAAUGGAUGAGGACUUCAACAUGGACUCUGCCUACUCCGAACAAGCUGUAGCAUUCCUGCAGAGGACCAGGCCAUCCUCAGGAGGCCCCUGGGCCUGGGGCAAAGCCUCCCUGCCGAGGUUUCGAAUCCCCAAAGGCAGACUGGGCCUGACCAGGAUAGGAGACUUGUCUUCAAAGGACAUGAAGAACAUCCCUGCCCUGGCCCUCAUAGAGCUGACGGCGCUCUGUGACAUCCUGGGCCUGGACCUGAAAAGGAGCAAGGCCGGGAAGUGGAAGGCUGCAGAUACAGGUCUUUUCGGCAUGCCGCUUGACAGCCUGCUGGAAGCUGACCACAGAGUUCUCCCCAGCACGCAGGUCCCACUGCUCCUUCAAGCUCUGCUGUCCUGUUUGGAAAAGAGAGGGCUGCACACGGAAGGCAUCCUCAGGGUACCUGGGUCCCAGGCCAGGGUCAAGGGGCUGGAGCAAAAGUUGGAGAGAGACUUCUAUGCUGGCCUCAUGAGCUGGGAUGAGGUGCAUCCCAACGACGCAUCCGAUCUGCUCAAGAGGUUCCUGCGGAAGCUUCCAGCUCCUCUGCUCACAGCCGAGUACCUCCCGGCCUUCUCCGCAGUGCCCCACAUCCCUGACCUGAAGCAGCGCCUGCAGGCUCUCCACCUCCUCAUCCUCCUCCUCCCAGAGUCCAACCGGAACACCUUAAAGGCACUCCUGGAAUUCCUCAGGAAGGUGGUGGCCCAGGAGCAGCACAACAAGAUGUCUCUGUGGAAUGUUUCCACAGUGAUGGCCCCUAAUCUCUUCCUGCCCCGAGGGCGGUCUCCCAAGCUCCCCAAGGGGGAGAAGCAGCUGGCUGAGGGCGCAGCUGAGGUGGUACGCAUCAUGGUGCACUACCAGGACCUGCUCUGGACGGUCGCCUCUUUCUUGGUAGCCCAGGUGAGGAAGCUGAACGACAGUAGCGGCCGGCGUGCCCAGCUCUGCGACGGGGGUCUCAAGACUUGGCUCUGGAGGUCGCACUUGGACAGGGAUAAGACGAGGGAUGGGCUGGAGGCGACUCCCGAAGUGGCCAAGAUCCAGGUGGUUUGGCCUAGCAGAGACCUGCUGCAGGUGCCUCUGACCCCCAGUACCACUGUGGCGCAUGUCCUGAGGCAGUUCGCAGAGCGCCUCAGCCCUGGGUCACGGGGUGAAGAGGCCGGUGAGGACCCCAAGAGCAGCCUCUCAGGCCAUACAGCAUCAGACAACUUCUUCGUCUGCGAGGUUGGAGGGAACAUUGGUGAGCAUCGCCUGGACCCAGAUGCCUACCUCUUAGAUCUGUACCGUGCCAACCCCCAUGGCGAGUGGGUCAUUAAACGGAACCCCACCUAAGCCCCGGACUCCCAGGAGCAGCCUGAGAGGCCCAGCAUGAGAGCAGAGCUGCUCAAAGAGAAGGCUUGGGUCUUUCUUCACACAGUCGUCCUCUCUGGAAAUGCCUCUCAGACCACGGACACAACCCAGGGCUGCACCAGCCUCUCCCUUCCUGAUUACACACAUAGAGCCCCAGUACAUAGAGCCCCCGUACUUGGGGCUGCUGGUUCUCCGAGGGUUAUUGUCCACAGUUUCCAGACUCAAGAAUAAUAAAAAUUGCAGAAUCUCUCUCACAAGCAGGCUUUUUUAAAAAAAAAAAAAAGAG